GGCGCCGUUUCCCUCUUCUGUGUUUUUGACGUCGCUUCCGCUUCCAUCCGCCUGUCGAGGCAGAGAACAUGGCGGCCUCCAUAGCGAGCGUAAGGACCGUUCGCGUCCUGUCAAAAAUCAUCAAUAGACACUUCUUACCGGCUGCUGCAGUACAGCAUCAAACACGGUUGACGCACACAUCGCUGUCUCCUGCCGUGAGGGUCACAGAAGAGCCGGACACGCUCUAUCAGAGGCUGUCAGUGCAGGUCAAAGGUCACGAUAAGGCCGUUCUGGACAGCUAUGAGUUUUUCGCUACUCUGGCAGCUCGAGAGCUCGGCCUCACCUUGGAGAAAGUAUUUGAGCCGCCCAAACACAUCGAUAAACUGACCCUGCUGAAGUCCAUUCACAUCUUCAAGAAGCACAGAGUGCAGUAUGAGAUGAGGACGCAUUACAGGUGCAUCGAGAUUUCUCGAAUAACGGGAUCAAGCGCACGGGUUUAUCUGGAGUAUAUUCAGCGUAAUCUGCCUGAGGGCGUCGCCAUGGAGGUCACCAAGACUGCUGUUGAAAAGAUCCCAGAACACAUCCAGAAACCCCUGUGGGACGACGACAAACUGGAGAAGUCCGGACAAUGAGGAGGAUUUUCUGCUUUAUAAGUGUCUUUAAAGAACAAUCUAUCAUUUACAACCUGAUUCUGAAAUAAAAGACGGAGUACAGACGCUGCAUAUGAACCAGAUAAAGGCAUGUGAAUAUUAUGCUUUUUUUUUUUUUAACAUUGUUUGUAAAUGUAUAACAUAAAGCAAAUGCAUUUUUUAA